AUGGUAACGUUAUCAGUGCUAGUUGCUGCAAAGAAGCAGAUGCAAGAACGAGUUAAGAGAAAUAUGAAGGGGCGAGAGGUUACAGACGGUGGGACCAUCAAACAGAAAAUCUUCACCUUUGAUGCCAUGUUCUCCACCAACCAGUCACACAUGGAGAACUACCGUAAAAGAGAAGACCUGGUCUACCAGUCCACAGUGAGGCUUCCCGAAGUCCGGAUUUCGGACAAUGGACCCUAUGAAUGUCACGUGGGGAUUUACGACCGGGCGACUCGCGAGAAAGUGGUCCUGGCCUCAGGCAACAUCUUUCUCAACGUGAUGUCACCUCCCACGUCCAUCUCGGUCAUCGCUGCGGACACCCCAGCUCCAUUCAGCCGCUACCAAGCCCAGAAUUUUACCUUGGUCUGCCUUGUCUCUGGUGGAAAACCUGCCCCCACGGUUUACUUCAAAAGGGACGGAGAAUUGAUACAGGGUAUCGCUCUGACGGAGCCCCCGGUCAACGCCGCCGGAUUGCAGGAUAGCCGAGCUGCCCGGAACCUCUUCCAUCGGGACUUGGACGACACCAAGAUGCAGCGGUCCCUCUCGCUGCUGAACGUGGAGGACCGGGGCGGGAGGCUCUACACCGAGGACCCCUUCCAUGGCCUCACCCCCGACCGGGGACUGUUGCUCAGCCCCACCACCGAGAAUAUCCCCGAGACUGUGGUGAGCCGGGAGUUCCCGCGGUGGAUCCAGAAUGCCGACCCCACGUAUUUCUUCCACCACACCCACAUCCCCAUCAGCGACGGCACUGUGGAGGUGCGGGCCAUGCUUAUGUGGACCCUUAAUCCUCAGAUAGACAAUGACGCGCUCUUUAGUUGUGAGGUCAAGCACGAUGCCCUCUCUAUGCCCAUGCAGUCCGAAGUGACUCUAGUGGCUCCAAAGGGCCCCAAAAUUUUGAUGACCCCAACAAGAGCCCGCGUUGGAGACACGGUCCGUAUUCUGGUCCAAGGGUUUCAGAACGAAGUCUUCCCCGAGCCCAUGUUCACUUGGACCCGUGUCGGGAGCCGGCUCCUGGACGGCAGCGCCGAACACGACGGGAAGGAGCUGGUGUUGGAACGCGUGCCGGCCGAACUGAACGGCUCGAUGUACCGCUGCACGGCGCAGAACCCGUUGGGCUCCACCGAUACCCACACCAGGCUGAUAGUGUUCGGUAGGAGGGAGCCCCCAUUCCUCCAUUGACGACUCAUCUCGGCUCAUCUCCCUACCUCCUAACUCAUUGUUGACAUCUCAACCAUCCCAUUCCUACCUUCUCAUGGUCUCUUGAUGUCUUUCCAGCUGCAUGCUCCCUGCCAGAGAGGGACACCCCUCCCUUGGGAGUGGGAAGACUGCAAGGUUGACUUUAUGGGGGGGGAGACCCCGCUGAUCCAUGUCAUCCUUCCUGCUCUCCGUUCCCUCCUCCUCUCCUUCGUCAACCUCUAACCAUCCCCAUUGCAACUUCCAUGCCUCCUCCUGGCACCAGCAUCCAUUCUUACCCAUUCAUUCCACCUCAUCCUCGCAUGUGUUUUUCCAAUGCUCAAUGACCGCCUUGUUGUUUUCUCCCCACCCCGCCCCCCUUUCUAAUUAGAAAACCCCAAUAUUCCAAGAGGGACAGAAGACUCCAACGGUAAGCCCCCACCCCAUCCUUCCCUCAUCUAACCCAGCCUCCUUGUAAGACGCGCUUGCCUUGUCCAUCCACGGCUGCUUCCUGGACGUUUAGCAAGAUUUCCCUCCUGUUCUGCCCCAGUUUUCUUCCCUAAACCCU